UUAAUACGACAUAAACAAACACGAAGGACUGACCCGCGGACGAUCAAAUUGCUACUAGGUAUCAUAAUAAUUUAUAUUAAAUUAAAGCGUUGAUAUAUAGAGGAACGGAUCUGGUGUAAUAUUUGCGUGAAUGUAUGCGGUCGCAGUACGAAUAAUCGGUUACGCAGCAGGAUGUUCCUCAAAGGGUGGUUGACGACGAUGUUGUUCGGUUUGGUGCUCCUCAAUUGUUGUGAGAGUGCGAAAAUGGGCAGCGGGGCCAAGAUCGGCGGAGGAGGACGGGCGGGAGCAAAAUUUGGAAAAGGUAGAUUAUACAGCUCAAGAGUGCCAGUAAUGAUACAACCCAGAAACCCACAAUCUGCUACAUAUUAUGACAAUAAAGACGGGGCGAGAAUAGUAAAAUCCAGUCAUUUCGAUUAUGAAUACAUGCUGGGGAGAAAAAUCACUUUCUUCUGUAUGGCACAAGGGUUGCCUAGGCCGGAGAUUACGUGGUUCAAAGAUGGAAUCGAACUGUACCAUCACAAGUAUUUUCAAGUACACGAAUGGACCGAGGGUAACGACACGAUCAAAAGUAAAAUGGAAAUUGAUCCGGCUACACAAAAAGACGCCGGGUUUUAUGAGUGUCAAGCAAACAAUAAAUAUGCCAUAGAUUAUAGGGCGUUUAGGACAGAUUAUGCGAUGCUUACCUAUUAGUCGGAUAAGGAAUAAAUUAGUUAUUUUAAAUAAAAAAUGUUUAUAGCAAGUGUAAUAGAAUAAAAAGUUUGAAAAAGUG